AAGACUGCUCCGGACGGAACAGAAACUGUGUCUGCACAUCCAGCUCGUUUCUCUCCUGAGGACAAGUACAGUAAAUAUCGUGUGAUCAUCAAGAGACGCUUUGGAUUAUUGCCUACUCAACAGGCGAAAAUUUACGCAAACCGACGAAUUAUCAUCGCCUUUGUAAUGUUUUUCAUUGGAUGGAAAGUGAUUGGUGUCACGAUGAGUGAUAUGAUGUUAUGGACGGUAAAUGAAGAAACUGGUGAAGGGCGUAUGUUGACCCCAGCCGAGGCACGAAAGCGACGAAUCGAGUUGGAAAGUGAACGUGAGCGCAGUAUGACGGAAAAGUCCGAAUCGAAGAAAGCACUGCCCCGUUUUGAUUUUGAUGACUAG